UUUCUUGCAUUAGUGACGCGAAGCGUCACGAGAUAUUUCAUUUCGAGGGAAAUCUUCAAACGUAAACAACUGCGAAGAUGAUGUGUGGAGGAACUUCAGAGUCUAAGGCAGCAGAUGCCGAAAUCCAGUCGAUCAUCAAUGAGGUUAAGGGUGCAGUGGAGGACAAGGUCGGAAAGAAGUUGGAUACCUACACACCAGUGUCGUACAAAACCCAAGUUGUGGCCGGUACCAACUACUUUGUAAAGGUGAACAUUGGUGAUGAACACAUACACCUGAGGAUCUUUGCCCCUCUUCCUCACACUAACAAACCUAAGGAGCUGUCUGACUUACAGAGAGGGAAGACUGCCGAGGAUGAGCUGGUUUACUUCUGAUUGCACAUGGUGAUUACUACAGAAUAUUCCUUGGUAGGCAGUCCAUGAUCAAAAACUAGUGGAUUCUGGAGUACCUUAAUCUCAAAAACAUUACGUACACAAUUGUACUCCCAAAUUAGAAAAACUGAGGAAAAUAUUUAUGUCUCAGUGAAAUAAAAUAUGGAU